UGCCGGAGCGGAGGCGCAGUGGUGUGAGACGCUCGGGGGGCGCGGAGAGGAGUCACUCGACACCUCCUCGCUUUGCCACACCAGUCCGCAGCAGCGAGUGAAGUGCAGGAAGCGGAGCACCAUGGGGGUGACCUGGAGUCGCGUUUGCCACCUGCUCUGCCUCUCCUACCUGCUGCUGCUGCCCUACCUGUCGGUCACCUCCUCCGUGAGCCUCGAUUUAACCGAGCUGAGAAAUAAAGUGGCAAAAAUUAAGGUGAAUCCGAGGGGAAAUCUGUGGGCCACCGGUCACUUCAUGGGGAAGAAGAGCGUUUCGGAGAGCCGCGUGCCGGACAGCCGCGAGGAGGCGGCGGCGGCGGCGGCGGCGGACCGGGCUCCUCCUCGCGCCGCUCCCGCGCCUCUGAGCGGGCGGGACGUGAAGGAGCUCAGCUCUCAGGAGGUGCUUCGGAUAGCGCUGCAGACGCAGCUGCAGCAGGAGCCCUGGGCUCAGGCGGAGCCCACAGAGCGGGAGACGGACCUAUUAAGGAAAAUUCUGGAAAACUACAUCUGAACCAGAAGUGGCCCUCAGCCUGUAAAUGUUCAUCCCCGUAAGGUAUACUACGUGUGCAUGAUCGUGCUCGGAUUAGCCCUUUACAGAGCCACUCCUGCAAUGUAACGUAAAUGUUUAUGU